CUUUUAUUUCGCAUAAACAAUUCUAGUUUGUUGUGGUUUAACAAAAGGCUGCAAAAAUGGGCAAACGACAGCAUCAGAAGGAUAAAAUGUACUUAACGUACACCGAGUGGUCGGAACUUUAUGGCGGCAAAAAGACAGAAUCCUUGGAAAAUGAACACAUUAAAUUUAAGCGCCUGCCGUUCGAGCAUUGUUGCAUUACUAUGGCGCCAUUCGAGAUGCCAUACUGUGACCUCAACGGCAAUGUGUUCGAAUAUGAGGCAAUAUUAAAAUUUUUGAAAGCGUUCAAGCUUAAUCCUAUCACCGGACAAAAAAUGGAUGCCAAAUCCUUGGUUAAGCUUAACUUUUACAGGAAUGCCGAUGAAGAGUACCAUUGCCCAGCGCUGUUUAAGCCAUUCACUAAAAACUCGCACAUUGUCGCUGUGGCGACUACCGGGAACGUUUAUUGUUGGGAGGCUAUUGAUCAGUUGAACAUAAAAACAAAGAAUUGGAAGGAUCUGGUCAAUGACACGCCGUUUCUACGCAAAGAUAUAAUAACCAUACAGGACCCACAGCAUUUGGAAAAAUUCGAUAUAUCAAAGUUCUAUCACAUACGUAAGAAUUUGCGUGUUCUGACAGAAGAGGAACAGCUAGAACGCAAAGACCCUGUCGGCAGAAUUAAGACCAUGAAUCUGGAAACAAAAGAGACAUUAGCGCAAUUAGAGAAGGACUACCAGCCAGCUGAUGAGGCACCGACAAGUUCAAAGCGCACGGCAGACAAAUUCAAUGCUGCUCACUUUUCGACUGGAGCUGUGGCUGCCAGUUUUACAUCGACCGCCAUGAUGCCUGUGUCCCAACACGAGGCAGCGAUCAUAGACGAUGAUCUGGUUAAAUAUGAGCGCGUUAAGAAAAAGGGUUAUGUACGUUUGAACACCAACUUCGGCCCUCUGAAUUUGGAGCUUUAUUGUGAAGCUGCGCCACGUGCUUGUGACAAUUUUAUUAAACAUUGCCUUGAUGGGUACUAUAACGGCGUACUUUUUCAUCGAUCCAUAAGGAAUUUUAUGAUCCAAGGCGGUGAUCCUACAGGAACCGGCACCGGUGGGCAAUCAAUUUGGGGAAAAAAGUUCGAGGACGAGUUUAAGCCAAAUCUGACACAUACUGGUCGCGGCAUACUUUCUAUGGCUAACUCAGGGCCCAACACAAACGGCGCACAAUUCUUCAUAACCUAUCGCUCGUGCAAGCAUUUGGAUGGAAAGCAUACCAUUUUUGGAAAACUAGUUGGCGGUCUUGAAACAUUGCAGAAAAUGGAAAACAUUGAAGUGGACAAUAAGGAUAGACCAAUUGAAGACAUUAUUAUUGAAAAUGUUCAGGUUUUUGUUAAUCCAUUUGAAGAAGCUGUUGCACAGCUAGCAAAAGAGCGUGAAGAUGAGGCGGCAGCCAAGCAAGAAACGGUCGCAAAUGCUGAGAAGCAAAAGCGACUGAAGGAACCUUUAAAAGUGUAUCGUGAAGGCGUUGGCAAAUAUCUUAAGCUUAGUGGACCCAAAAAGCCUGAACUUGAAGUCGCCUCUCAACCCGCUUCGAAAAAGAAAAAAAUCACGAAUGACUUUGGCAAUUUCUCCAGUUGGUAACAAGUAUGUAAUUAAAAAAAUUAUACUAUAAUUUAUUUUACUUUUCAUCAGG